AUGCAGGUGUUGGUAAACCCGCCGCUAGCAUCAGAGGGUAUGAAGCUGCGGCCACUCCCAUUGAUUCACCUAGGGGGAGCUAUAUGUCCCCCACUACCAGGAGCGGCCAAGGAUCCUCCUCCCCCACUACCAGGGUCUGCCAAGGGUGCCCCUCCCCCACUACCAGGGUCUACCAAGGGUACUCCUCCCCCACUACCAGGAGCGGCCAAGGGUACCCCUCCCCCACUACCAGGGUCUGCCAAGGGUACUCCUCCCCCACUACCAGGAGCGGCCAAGGGUACCCCUCCCCCACUACCAGGAGCGGCCAAGGGUACUCCUCCCCCACUACCAGGAGCGGCCAAGGGUACUCCUCCCCCACUACCAGGUAAGGGUACCCCUCCCCCACUACCAGGAGCGGCCAAGGGUGCUCUUCCCUCACUACCAGGCCGGUCUCCAGUGUACGCAUCGCCCCCACCACCCUCAACAGCAGCAGGAUCACCUCUGGUCCUUCGGUCCCCGCCUCUCGCCUCCCCACCCCCAUCAACUCCAGCAAAUCAUAGGUCUCCACCCAAAAGCGGCCCCCGAACGAGAAAAGCAGCGGCUUUGCCUCUGGGUAAGAAGCUCCACUGGAAGGCCAUACCAGACCGGCUCAUUGGGUCUACCAUAUGGGCGAGCUACGACGAGGAGGGGUCCUCCACACCGUCGGACGACCACUUGGGAGAAACCCUGGCGAGGGAUGUGGCGGAAAUGAAGACCGUUUUUGGAGCUUCUGGGAAUCCUGAUGAGAAAAAAAGCGAGAGGAAGUCGAAACUCGUUGAUGACCGACCAAAACUGAUAGAGAUCCUUGAUCAGAAAAGAGCUCAGAACGCGGGGUUGGUGAUGGCGCGGUUGCCUGUGGAGUUGUUGGUUGAGAAGAUGGAGAAUCUUGAUACCGACAAUAUGGUGGAUGCCUCCGAGGAAGAGGACAGCAGCAGUGCGGCGUUGGUACCAAGCUCUGGU